AUGACAGAUAACAAACUUAUAAAGAUCUCAGUAAUAGGAGACAAUGGAGUUGGCAAGAGCUCUAUGAUAUUGAGAUAUACAGAGAAUGUAUUUCAAUAUGAUAAUACAAAGCUUGACUUAUUUAAAGCAAAGAUGUUGGAUGUCAAUGGAAAGAGCAUCAAGCUUCAAGUAUGGAAUACAUGUGGACAGGAGAAGAUGGCACAGUUAACAUCUUCAUACUAUAGAGGAAUGCAAGGAGUGAUCAUUGCAUACGACUCCACAUCAAAAGAGUCGUUCGAGAGGAUGAUUCAGAGAUGGUGGCCAGACGCCAAGAGGUUCGCAGGCCAGACUACUCCGAUAUUUGUGGUCGGUUGCAAAUGCGACUUGGACAAGCAGGUCAGCUCAGAGGUGCUGGCUGCAUGGUGCAAUCAGAACAAGAUGGUGGGCUUUGAGUGCUCGUCGCGCACCGGCGAGAACAUCGACGAGGUGUUCACAUUGAUGACGCGCAAGAUACUCGCCACAAUGACCACUGCGCCCGUGGGCGGCGCCCCACCCGUCACCACCAAGGACAAGGACAAGUCGGACAAGGAGAAGGAGAAGGAGAAGAAGAAAGACAACAGCGGCAGGAACUCGAUCAUCAAGAUUUUGAGCACACUUUCGUCGAGCAGCAGCUCGGCCUACAGCAACACCAGUAGCAUGGCGAUGUCAUCGAGCAACACAGCGCCGUUGGCGAGCUCGGGACCGAGCGGAGGCAGCACCACCACGACCAGCGGUGGCCAGGCCGCCUCGCUAUCCUCGUCGCUCUCGUCCACAUCGUCAAUCACAUCGACCAGCUCAACGUCCUCGACGUCGCUGCAGUCGUCGACGGGCAUCACCACAAGCCCAUCGGGAUCGGAUCUGUCGAGCAGCAAGAGCAAGAAGAAGAAGAGUGGGAUACUUGACAAGACGCUGCGCGGUAGCAAUGUAUAUACAUCCCCAACACAACCCGCCGCACCCACUACCACUGCCUCGCCCAUCCCGCCAGCGACGCAGGAUCAGUUCAUGAGGACGAGGAUGAAGAUUCUUCAGAUCCCCAUCCCAACGACACCGCCACAAAAGGUCAAGCCAAGCACAAGGAUGGGCGCUUAUCCUAGACCUGCUCCAGCCCCUGCAGGAACUAGUAAUGCGGUAGCAGGAGGUGCCUUGCCUCAGGCCACUACCCCAACAUUGUCGGCGUCUGCCACCUCACCAGCGCUGCCGGCAACUACCUCACCAACAACAACGACAUCGACAUCGACCCAGCCAAUAACAAUGACAACAAUGAUGACAACUACGACUACAACUGGUACAACGAUGAUUACAAGCACAACAAACACAGCAGCAUCCAACAACAACAAUAAUGACGCUGUCAAUGGCUCGAGCACAACGACAGCAAACAACGCCAGCGGUGGUGGAGGAUCACCAAUGAUACUUGGAAUAUCUUUGAUGAAAUCAUCCUCACCGCUUGUAGAGCGCAAGAACCCUGAUGUGUCCUCCAUCGCGUCUCGGUCGCCCAAGUCAUCGACGCCCGACAGUCUGGAAGGCUUCCACGAAGCCUACGGCUACCAGGCCUUUGCCUGCGACGAUCAGCAGAAUUGGUCCAAGUCGAUGGUGGAGGAGCUCAUCGAGGAGCGACGCAGUCUCAUCAACAACAACACCAAGUCCACGCCCAACCUGCUGGCUUCCAACUCUAGCGUCCCCAUCACCUACAGCAGCACACAGAGCGAGGGCAGUCUGGCGACUGCACCCAUUCCGACUUUUCAUAUCUCGGCACAGCCGCACGAAACCACAGGCACCUCCCCGCAGGACCCAAUGUUCCCUAGCAGGACUCCGCGCAGGUCCAACGAGUUUAAGUAUCCAGACGAUGCAGAUAAUAUCGUUGGUGGCCCGUCUGUCCACAACACCAACAACAGCAACAAUGCUCUGGAUACACAGAGAGUAACGCUCAAUAUUACAUCCACAUCGACAACCUCAUCACCGUCGUCGCAGCACGAUGAUGUACCACACAUUCCCAAUCAACGUCUGCUUCAGCCCACACCUGGCAUGUCGUUGUCCUCCAACGCUAUCUUUGUCGCUGCGUCCAAUCCCGCGCAGGACCACAGUGAUACAGAGUCCAUCGUUGGUUCGAUCAUUGGUUCGUCAUGUGGAGGUGGCCGCGAGAGCUACAACCUCGACGCCGAUGAGUUGGAAGAGGCCAUCAAGCACAAUUCUACAAACCAAGGAGAGGCUCAAGCAGUCCAAGGCAAAGGCAACAACAACAACAAUAUUGACAACAACACCAACAACAACAAUAAUAAUAACAACAAUAACAAUCGAGGCAGCGCCAACAGUGGCACAGGUAUCGAGAGCAGUGGCGCCAACAACAGCAACAACAACAACAACAAUCAACAAGACAACUUUAAGACAUUUUGCGACAUCGAGGACAUCAACCCAUACGACGAAUCAAACUACUCAAAGUCGAAUGGCCUGGCGACAGAUUCGGAGCAAUCCGCGACCAAUCACACGGGCGAUAACAUCGACUUUGACACUACGCCCGUCUACACUUCGGACCUGAACGACCGCUUCCAAGAGGUCGUUCUCAAGUUCCGAGACAUCCCCUCGCUCGACACCAACUUGUACAACCUCCAGGAGAUUAGUACCGAUCUACUACACAUCUCCCAGGACUUUAUCCACACGGUCAAGACCUAUGGACGUAUUAUCAUCGAAGAGCGCUUCCUCCAAGAGAAGACAAUCAAACACACGUCACUCGGUGGACAUUUGGGCGGCGACAAAUAUAUAGUCAGGAAUGUGUUGUUCAAGUUUGCAGGUGGAUCACCUCAUGGAGUCUAUGGCGAGUGGGGUGGCGCAAAGGUUGGAGGACAAGAACUGAAAGGAUGCAUGGCGACACUGAACUGUCCGAUCAAUGGACUGUGUGUGCCUUUGAUGGCCUUGGUCGACUUCAUGGGCUACCGUCUGAUAGCCAUGAGCAUUCUGCCGAUAUCAUCGUCGAGCGAGCACUCCACCAUCGUGUAUGGAUCCAGCGACAUGGGACAAACGGUGCACGCAUCUCACGAGCCCUCACUGGACGUCAUGCGUCAUUUGGCACAGGCACUCAAUCUCAAGGCGCACAUGGGAGGCACUCAAAAGCCCGUAAAAGUGUACUCGGCCACGGAUAUUGAAGGCCACAUUGGCACAGACGGCAGGUACUACCUGAUUGACUUUAGUAGGACAUUCCCGCCGACCUACCCCGACUUGUCGGUGCCAGGCGGCCACCUCUUCCAGCUGUUCCGUCCCGAGUUCCUGAAGAACCAUCCCAAGCCCCUGUGCUCCGAUGCAUUCAGUGGCUUCCUCAAGCACGACUCUGAGCGACAGAUUCAUAACAACGAGGUGAAGGAGGCUACGCAGCGUUUGCUCAACGACCUCAUCCCCAAGGUGUCCUCGCGUUUGAAGGGACUGAUCAAGGAGUCGCUGGAGAAUGGCGACCUUCUUCGUGGCGGCGUCCACAUUCCCGAGCAGUUCCACAGACAUGGCAUCAACAUGCGAUUCAUCGGACAUAUGCUGGUGAUUGUGGAUGAGCGUGAGGCAGGAUUUGUACUGCUGAUCGAGGCCAUUGCCAGAGUGCUCAAGAAUGAUCUUCGACGACGUCUGCGAGAGACGAUGAAGCAGUUCAAGGAGCCGCUGAGCGCGCCCUACAUCCAGCUGACCACCAACUUCCUAAACAUGGUGUUUGGUGAGUCGACCACACCCAACUUCAAGACCGAGGAGUUCUGGGAGCAGACCGUGGCCACAGAGCUCUACUCCAAGUUUUAUAUCUACCAGGUCCCCAACGUCGUCUCGGGCUCAAAGCUGCCGAACGAGGUGCCCACGCAGCCCGGCCAGCACCCCAAACACCCCAACGCCCAACAACAAGGUGGCAUGAAUAGUUCCACCUCGGGCUACCCCUUCAUGUACAACAACGCCACCCAGACCGCCGACGGACGCAAACUGUCCAUGAUCCUGCCGCCAGGAUGGAAGCUGAGGGACAUCCUCGAGGACCGACUGACACAGAUCUCUGGCUCGUUUGUCCUGGGUCGUCAUCUACUCUUCACACGCUUCAGAGACAUGACUCACCUCAAGUUUAGGAAACGCACAAUCGAGAAGGUGGCAGACACAAGUCAACUCCUCUGGAAUCCUUAUAAGCCAUUCAACAACUCUGAUCUCAAGAAGAUUAGUGUCAGAGUAAAGGCAAGGAAAAGAUUCGAGCUGGCACUGAUAUCAAACCCAAACAACAAGGAGACGCUGCAGCUGUGUGCGCAGACUUGGUGCAAGAUUCUAGAGUUUAGCAGCAGCGAGGGCAAGAACAUGUCCAACGUCUGCUUCCCUAUGAAUGUGCCAGCGGUCGUCAACACGGACAGGUACUUCUUGCGAGCAAUCGAUGCCAACCCCAAGGGCCCCGUCAUCCUCUUCUUCUAUGCCAGAUUCUUGGUGCGCUGCGAUCGUAUCGAGAAGGCAGAGACCUACUUCCUUCGAAGUCUGGAAGAGGACCCGUUCAACUAUCGCUGUCUGAUCGCCUAUGCCAACUUCCUCACCGAGCGAGGCUUCCCCAACGAAUCAUCCCUCUUCCUCAACAGAGCACAAGAGUGCAAGAAUGUCAUUGUCGGAGGAUUGGACAGAUAG